AUGGGCCAGAGUACCUACCGCGGCAACUAUGGGCUCCCCUGGGUCCUGCCUUCUGUACAGCAAGCUCGACGUGGUUUUAAUGAGAAAGGGCUGGUGCACGAAUAUCUGCCGAUCCUAAGGCUGAAGGGGUUGAGGGAGGGGGCUGCGAGAUACUGCACGUUGAGGGAAAAGGGUGGAGCAGCAGACGCAGACGCAGCCUCAGACGCAGUAGCCGCACGGAAGGUUUACAUCCCCAGCACGACAUGGUCAAAUCACCGCCUCCUUUUCUCAUCGCUCGGCUUCACGGUCGGUCAAUUCAAUUACUACAACAACGCCACCAGAUCCCUCAAUAUAGACUCGUACCUUGCGGCUCUACGCUCCGCAGACCAUGGGUCGGUGGUGCUUCUGCACGCCUGUGCGCAUAAUCCCACCAGCCUGGACCCAUAUAUCGAGCAAUGGAAGCAGAUAUGGGACAUCAUCAAAGAGCGUCGACUAUUCCCCAUCUUCGAUGCCGCGUAUCUAGGCCUUAACUCUGGGGAUUAUGAUAAAGAUGCCUGGGCGAUACGAGGCCGGCUAACAGAGCCAGGCGAGGGCGUUGGACGCAUAAUUCUACAGCCGACCCCGUUUUCGCAGUCAGUGCUCGAAUCGCUGCAGCGUUCAGAGAUCUCGAACCUGCCCGCAUUCAGAGCAAAGAUCGCAGAGGCAAUUAUGUCUGAUGACAUGCUCAAAAAUGUCUGGCUUGAGGAUCUGAAGACAAUGAGUGGGCGAAUUGCGGAGAUGAGGAGGGCGUUCUCGACGGGCUGA